AUGGCUACUCAUUUGAAUGCGACUGCCGUCGAAGUUAUUAUCGGUUAUUCUUUUCGCUCAAGAGAACAUCUUGUGCAUGCGUUGACGGCAGCUGGUGCGGAGGAACACAACCAUGAUGGCAACCGAAAACUAGCUCACCUUGGAGGCAAUUUGCUCCGGUUUAUUUUGAGCUUUGUUGUGUUUGAAAUUGCACCAAGUCGAAGCGGGAUUACAAACCUCGAAUCGUCCAUCAUAUCUAUUGCUCAGCGAGCCUCAGUCGCUGAAAGAACCGGUAUUGAAACAUUCAUCAAGUAUAGCAUGAAACCGGGUUCACGAUCCCCCAAAGUCUUGGCUCUCGCAAUCGACGCCAUCGUUGGAGCAGUCUAUGUCGACUCGACAGACGUCAAUGCUUCGUGGAAGGUAGCCUUGAAACUAGGAUUAGUUUCCACCGACUUCCUAGGAAGCUCUGCCUCUCUCGCACAACCUGUGCCGGAUAUACACGAUCCAUCUUCAUCAUCCUCCAUCCGUAGCGACACAGUUGAAGACAUGGAAAUUUCUUUGCAACCUAUACUCAGUGCCGGUACCCCAUACAACCCAGAUAUGCUACCUCCCAACAGGCUUACCGAGGAAGGCCUUAUUGGCGCUACGUCUGGACAUAUCUUGCCCAGCCCGGUGAAUGACUUCUCAUACUUUGAGUUGCCAAUGAACGAGAAUGACCCGUUCUGGACUUCCCUAGAGCGACCUUCCAAUGGAGACCAAUUUGUUCCAGAAUAUAUAAGUGAUGGUAGCGGCAGCCAAGAGUCAGCUUGCGAUUUUCGGGGAACUGACGGUACACGAGACAACCCGCCUCCCGUCGCUAGAGAUAGUGAGGAAAACCUUGUCAUUUUUUCCGGCCAGAGAAGCAACCGAGUCGAGAAUUCGCACGGAAAGCCAAUGAGGGGUCAGCAUUAUCAAGCACUGCUUAUUGAUGACUGGCUCAACUCAUUUCUUGACGAAGAAAACAAAAAAUGCCGGAGUCACCAGUAUCCGCUUCCACUCGAAACAUUUUUUGCUCCGCCUAUUCAAACUGCUCUGAUCGGUAUGGGCGCACAUGCAAAGACGCUUACCAAAUUCUUGGUCCAUAUCGCCAGCGCAGAGACUUUAGUCACCUUGCGACACAUCGUCCUAUCGUACCGAGAAAGACCCUCCCCGAGUUCGUAUGGAACGAGGCCAGGUCUGUCGGAAAAAGAUCGUUUCAAUAUCAUAGGUCUCCUCAGUACCGGCAUUGCCUGGUGUCGGCUGCUCCGGAUGUACCACAUCCUGGAGCUGUAUGAAACCUGUAAAGGCACGGAUUGUGCGGAGAAACUCAUUGUCACCACCCCCGCAUCGUUUCAGAGUCGAAAGCGGAAAGCGGGAAACCCACGUCAUGCUGCGGAGGCAGAGAUUACGGAAAGAAUGACGAAGAGCAUUUUCCCUGAUCUGCUCCCUGGCACUGAUGGCUAUAACGAGAAAAAGGCCACGUUAAAGCGUGUUCGUAAACUUGGCCAGCGAUUACAUAUCUUGGUGGCCAAGUUUGGCAGUGGCAUUCUCGGCCUGAUGUUGAAUGAUGACAUGAAAGGCCCGGACAUAUCAGAGCAAAUGUAA